UGCCAAUGAAUGCCUUAGCCAUUAGACAAGACCCAUUUCAUUCGUCAAAUGCCCGGCCCCGGCCUACUAUUUUAGCUCAUACAUGAAUUUUAUUGCAAGACGAGGAUUGUUUGAGCCGGCGUCGAUUUGUUGCUACCUUUGCGUUGGGCGAUCGGCGGUGUGUGGAUUUGGUUCAACGAGAAAGUUUCAAGGUUUGAGUUCUGUGUUUUUUGGCGGCCUAUGCGCUGUCGGAAAUGGACGCGUGGGGCACUUUGGACAUCGGGGCCGCCAUCGUGAGGGACGACUUGACCAGCAGCUUCAGACGUUCCAAGAAGCUCACAAUCGAGAAACUGCCAGACAAGGUCCUCCUUCACAUCUUCAGCUACCUCUCCCACAAGGAAAUAUGUCGCAUGGCAAGGGUUUGCAAACGAUGGCGGCUCAUCGCCUACGACACCAGGCUAUGGAAGAAUGUUUCCCUACGUCCGGAAAUAUCGGGACUCCACGUCGGAUCCCUGGAGUCCCUCUUGGCUCUCAUCAGUAUCCGGUUCGGACCGUCUCUAAGGUACAUAGAGUUGCCAAUAGAGUUGAUCACCCACACGGUGCUCCACGAGUUAGCUAAUAAGUGCCCGAAUUUGACCCACAUGUUGUUGGAUUUCUCUACUGCCAUGCAGUUGCAUGAUUUCAGCGAACUUCAGGCGUUUCCCACCAAGUUAAAGUACCUCUGUAUAUGCCUUUCCGAAGUCAUCUUCAUGGAAGGGUUUAUGAGGAAGAUAUACAACUUUAUCAACGGUUUGGAGAUUUUGCACUUGAUCGGGACUUACGAAAAGGUAGAGGAAGAGGAGGAAGAAAUUUAUGAGGUUAUUAACGUACACAAAUUGAAGUCUGCCACGCCGAAUUUGAGGGUGAUCAAUUUGUACGGGAUUAACUUCGUGGACGACAGUCAUAUCGACGCUUUCAGCUCAAAUUGUAUACAGUUGGAAUGCUUGGCAGUAAACUUCUGCAACAAAGUCACGGGAUCCACGCUGAAGACCCUUUUCCAAAGAAGCAGAAGGUUGAGGUGCUUGCUUAUGAAUGGAACAAAUCUGCACAGCGAGUAUCUGAUGCAGGUGGAGUGGGAGAAGUGUUCUCUGCAAGAGCUGGACAUCACCGGUACCGACUUGUCCACAGAAAGUUUGCAGGACAUGUUAACCAGGUUGCCGGGGUUGAGAUUUCUCAGCGCUGGGCAGUUGAAUGGACUCAAUGAUUCCGUGCUGAAGACGUGGAUGGAGGCUGGGAACGCAAGGAAUUUGGUUGCUUUAGAUUUAGAUAGUUCCGACAACUUGUCAGAAGAAGCUAUUUAUAAGUUCCUUUGCAAACAUGGACACCAGCUGUGGGGUUUAGGAUUGUCUGGGAUGACGCACAUCACCGAUUCCCUUUGGCAGACCGUUUUACCGAUUUUGACGAAUGCAAAGAUAUUAGUGUUGGGUACACAAGAACGACUGGGUAUUAACAUUUUGGUCGACCAACUUAUGGACACAAUAGCCAGGAAUUGUCUGAAUUUAGAACGAAUUGAAUUGCGAUGGGACCCAGAUAAUUUGAGGUUUUCAGACAAGAGUCAAAAGGCUAUCGAUACACUCAGGGUGAAGUGCCUAAAGAUGAAAUGCCUGUGUCUAAGUGAUGGGCGCUAUUACGAAGUGGUCAAGGCCAACUUCGAGCGAGCCGACCGAAUGACGGUAGUAAGGACAUUAACAAAUUGUAGGGUUUCAAAUUAUUAUUUAUUGUCCAACUAUAAAGAUCUGAUUUUUAACUAGAAUAUAAAUAAGUAAGGUGUAUAACUUAAAAUAUCUUUUAUUAUUUUUAAUUCUAUAAUAAAUACGUAAGGACAGUUUCAAGGAGUGCACAAUAGUGGAGAUUUAUAAGUAUACCUCAUAAAUUAAAAAAAAUAUAUGUUACAAAAAAAAUAACAGUAGCUUUCAGUUUCUUGCACAUUUCCAUAAUAUAUACACAUGAUGUAGAUUUCACAAUUAUCGGUUACGUAAAAAUAUACACUAGGCAACUAUAUUUUUUAUUCUUAUUGACUUUGAAAAAAAAAGUCGUCAAAUUUUAUAUAACGAAAAAAAAUAGUACUCAG